AUGGCUUCGGAGGAGGCUGCUAACCCGGGAGCAGAGCCCGCGGCCCCCGCGGUCAGGAAGAAGAGCCGAAAGAAAGGGAAGGAGAAGGCGGAGGCCGGGGAAGAUGCCCAGGAGGGAGGGGACGAGGCGGCGGGGCUGGCACUGGGCGAGAUCGAGGGGCUCACGCGAGCCGGGCGCCGGGCGCUGGCACUGGGCGAUGCGCGGGAGGCGGUGGGGUGCUUCAGGAAGGCGCUUCGCCUCUCCGGGGGCACGGCGAGCCCCCGGCUCCGCAGGGCUUGUGCCUUCAACCUGGGGGCUGCCUACGUGGAGACCGGGAAGCCCAAAAAGGGCCUUGAGUUCCUCCUCCAGUCCCAGCCCUCGGAGGGAGAGAGCGGGGAGCACUUGGAGGACCUUUAUUUCAACAUCGGCGCAGCUCACGAAGGGCUCCAGGACUUUCCGAGGGCUCUGGAGUGCUUCGGCAAAGCCGCCGGCCACAACCCCGCGGCGCAGGCCGGCAGCCGAGCAGGGACCCGCGUGCAGAUGGGCUGCUGCUACCUGGGGAUGCGGGAGCCGGCGCGAGCCGCGCGUUGCUUCCUGGAUGCCGCGCGGACCUACGCGGCGGCCGCGAGCCCCGAGGCCACCGCGGUGGCUCUGAGCAGGGCGAGCGGCUCCAUGCUGCAAAGCCGACGGUUCAGGGCGGUGGAGAUCGCGGGCGUCCUCGCCCAGUGCCGCUCGCUCUGCGAGAGCAUCCCCGACCCAGCCCUGCGAGGGAAACUCUACAACGACAUCGGCCUCGGCUACUCCCAGCUCCGCAUCUUCUCCCUGGCUGCCGAGAGCUUCGAGCGGGCCCUUGCCCUCUGCGGCGGCGAGCCAGACCGGCGCAGGGAGGCUGCGCUGCUGCAGAACCUGGGUGCUGCCCACAACGCCCUGCGCAGCUUCGGCACGGCCCUGGGCUGGCACCGGCGAGCGGCGGCACUGCACAGCGCUCUAGGGAACCGGAGGGCGCAGGGGCAGUGCUUCGGUAACCUGGCGUACGCCUGCAGCCGGCUCGGGAACCACGAGGCUGCCGCAGAGAACUACCUGCACGCCUUGCAAGCCUUCCGGGACUCGGGGGACGUGCAGGGGCAGUGGCAAGCGUGCGAGGGGCUGGGAGCAGCCUGCUUCCACCUGGGAGACCCCCAGAAAGCCGUCGGGCGCUACAAGGAGGCCCUGACUUUGCUUUCCCACUGCCAGGACACCCCCAGAGCCGCCCGCGAGCGGGUCGUGCACAAGCUGACCGAUGCCAUCCAACACCAGCUCUGCCUCCACGGCCGCCUCUCCUGCCGGGGUGGCUGGGCACCCGCCCCGGCCCCCGGCCAGCAGCGGGUUCGCUCGACGCUGCCCCACGCCAGCGGGACACGGCGCUGGGGGAGCGAGGCGUGA